AUGAAAAUGCGUGAGAAACUUGUUGCUUGCCUUCUCAUAGCUGCUUGUUUCGUGUGUACCACCAAAAGUGUUCCAAUAUCAUCUCAAGAUGAUAAAGAAAAUUCAUUAGAAUCUGAAAUAAUUUCAAACUCAACAAAUGGUGAGUUGUCGGAUGUUGUCGAACCGGAAGUUGUUGAUCCUAUAGAAGAUGUUGAUAAAAUGCCUGACAUAGUUGAGCCUGAAAUUGUUGAACCAAUUAUCAUUGAAGAAGUGUUAGGAAACUCAACAGACGAUGAAUCGUCAGAACAAGCACCGGGAGAACUGCGUGGAUCAUCAAAACUUAUCGAAAGAAAUAUCAUCAUCGAGAAUGAUAACGAGACUCACUAUUAUCGUGGUUACGUCGAUUCAGCUGCGAAUAUCACAACAGUCAUUCGUCUGACAAAUGUAAUCAAUAACACAAACAUCGUGAACAUGCCAACGACACUUAAUAAUACGAACGUGAAUAACAUUCACAUUUAUCAAAAUAAAACCGAAAAGAAAAGUGGAAAGUUUGGCUUGGGAUUCACUGAAGCUGGUUCGUGUUGUUACGCUGUUGAACCAAAGAACUGUAAGCAGUCAACAGCGGGGUUAAAAUGUCAAUAUAAGCGACGAAAGGUUUGCGGAGUUCAAUGUACAAGUGAAGUCAUUCAUCCGAACAGAAAUCCUUGCGGACAAUCACAACAAUGGCCAAACAUUGGUUGUCAACCAAAUCAACUUCCACCAAGUAAUCUUGGAUUUUAUCCAAUGCCAAUGUAUCCCCCAAAUUAUCCUGGAAUGUAUCCACAAAUGCCUCCAUCUAGUGAAUUUGAACUUGACGAUGACUUUCCCAUGUUUCCUGAUGACGAAGAAUUGGAAGAUCCUGAACAAGGAUGGAUCCCUGGUCGCAGCAAGUGCAAAAUUGUUAGUGACAAUGGCUUACAAAUCACAAAUUGCACUGAUAAAAAUUCCGAAUUUGAUCAUCCAUUCGCUAGAAACACUGCCAGUGAACCGAUAAAGAGAAGUGCAAGACAUUCGAAACAUUCACCAGAGAGACAAAUGAACUCUCAACAAUAUUUGUAUCCUUAUCCAGUCGUUUAUCAGCCAAUUUAUGUUCAACCUUUGCCUGUUUACAUCCCACAAUAUUAUGGACAACAACCGCCUUCUUAUGAUUACUAUCAACAACCUGAGCCACUUCCAUUACCUCCAAUGGUUGAUCGUGAAGCUUAUUACGAAGAACAUGAGACAAAUGAAAUUCCUUCUCAUAAACGUCAUAAGAAACAUGGAAAGAAACAUCGUCCCGUUGUUAUUGAAUUUUGUGCGAGUUUUGGAAUUAAUCAGUCGCUUUAUGAAGUCAGUUGUAUUAAUUAUCAUUUGUCUUCUCAGCACAUCAUUGUCGCAAGAUAUUUAAAUGUUACUGAAAGUGCCGAGUAUGAAGAUGAAGUGACAACUGAAGCUGUUGAUGAUGAUGAGAAUCAUCCACCACCUGGUGAACUUACCAGACCCAGACCCAGACCACAAUAUCCCAAUAACGACCCAAAUUGUAAUACAAAUCAACCAAAUUACUAUCCGCCUAAUCAACUAAUCAUUCCAGUGCCGCCAAUUAUCAACACAACAAUUCUUCCAUUCGAGAAGGAUGAGAUUCGUCUCUGUCCCAUUGGAACAUUUCAGAACGGGAGUGUAUGCGUUCAGAAUUAUACAAAUGAAUGCCCUGAAGGCUACACAUGGAAAAACGAUCAUUGCGUCUUAUCAAAAACGAUUUGCCCGCUGAACUUCGAAUGGGAUGGAAGGUCGUGCGUUCAAUAUCAGAUUUGUCCUCAUAAUCAUGUUUUCAAACAUGGUCGGUGUGUGCAACCUGAUCCGCAAUGUCCCACCGGGUUCAUUUGGGACGGUGUAACAUGUCAAGUCGCUGACAUUAUUUGUCAACCUGGUUCAGUUUUACGUGGUCGUGAAUGUGUCAUUGAAACGUUUACAUGCCCACCUGGCUUUGAAGCGAAUGGCGAUGAAUGCAUCAAACCAACGCCAAUGUGUCCACCUGGAUUUACAAUUGACGAGUCAGGAUUUUGUGUACUUACAAACAUUCGCUGUCCACAAGGUUCAACUUUAAUUAAUGGUAAAUGCCAGCAGACUGUUUAUUCAUGUCCACCAGAUUCAUAUCGUCAUGGUAAUAAUUGUUACAAGAUUACAACAACUGAUAACACACCGACUGAACCUUCACUGCCGUGUGAUCCUUCGGGACGACCAAACCAACCAAACUGGUCGACAGAUCGACCGCCAUGUGUUCCACAAGUUACAAAUCGACCAGGAGAUCCAAUCUUACCUUGUGAUCCAUCAAGACCACCCACAGAUAAAACACCUUGUUAUCCAACAGUAACAACAAGACGACCAACUUAUCCCACAAUUAAUUGGAUCCCAACAAGACCACAUCGACCACAUCCAAGACCUCCAGGUCAUUGUCCUGAAGGUUUCACUCUUCAUGGAAAAUUAUGCUACAGAUGUCCACCAAAUUAUCAUUUUUGCAAUAUGAAAUGUUACAAACGACCGAUUGAUUGCGUUAAUGAUGAGUCAGUAGAUGCGGAUUUGUCAGGUUUCUAUCCAGGAGGUGGAUUGAACAUAAAUAUCUUCACAAGUGAAUCCAGAUCAGGAAGUGAUCGAGGUCACAACAUUGUGAAUCAUUUUGAACCGAUUAACAACACGAUUUUUAAUAUCAAUAACGUGACACAUCCAGUGACAUUAAACAAUGUAAAUGAGAACAACAUUCACAUUUAUAGUGACGCUGAAUGUGCUGAUGGAUCGAUAAGAACGAUUGUAGUGAAAAACAAUGAAACAAUUAAUGGAUGUGUUGAUGUCAGUGGAAAGAAACCUUCAGAUGCAAGCACUCCAAAUCCAAAUGCUGAAAGUCGUGAAGACACUGAUGAAGAUGGUGAAUCUUCAGGGAAAUGUUGCGAAGUUGUAACGCCACGACAAUGCAAAGAACGUCGAACUAAUGAAUGGAUGUGCACACAUCGUCGUUACAAAUAUUGUGGUGAUUUUUGUAUUGCUGAUCGUCUUUAUUUGAAACCACAUUCAACGACUUAUCACAAUAAUAUUUUAACUAUUGCACCAUCCAAUCCUGCUGAAGCACCUCCACUGUGCUUUGGACGUCAUUGCCCAACAAUUGAUUGUUCUGGUUGUACAGAUGGAUCUUUGAAUUGUUCUCCACAUUGCUACACUUAUCCCUGCACACAUAAAGGCUGCACUUAUCUUGAUCGUGACAAGUUUUGUGAAGUUGUUGGUGGACCUCUUUGUGUCGAUGAAUAAAUUUCUUUUUCAUUAAAAUUAUUUUAUUGUACGUAAAUUUUUUAAAUAAAAGAAAAUAAUUUUAAUUACGACUUCAGCAUGUCCCUUAAACUACGACGAAGAAUUUUCCCAGUUGCAUUUUUAGGAAUUGAUUCGAUGAACUCAACUCCGCCGUCAAUUUGUUUGUACU